UUCCUUUGUUGUGAGCAGUGGCAGAGACUGGUGGCUCCAGGAGACGCCGGCGUAGCAGAGACUGCGGGGUCGCCGCUCGUGCCGCUUCCAGCCUGAGCCGAGAGGUAAUUUAGACAUUUCUGAGAAAUGUGUUGAAGGCAUAUUUUGGAAAACUAAAUUAAGAUCACUGAAAGGUCGGCCAUUUUCAGCCAGAGGAUGUUAAAGGUGUGGAAAUUUAAAUAACGCAAGUACGUUGCCUGGAGCUUUGGUCAAGCAAAUGCUGAGAAGCCACAUAAAGAAGAUCCCUGGCAGCCAUUUCUCAACAAUUAUAUAGUCAACUGAUGUAACAAUGGUACUAAUAUUGGGACGCAGACUAAACAGAGAGGAUCUUGGGGUGCGUGAUUCCCCAGCAACUAAGCGUAAAGUUUUUGAAAUGGACCCCAAAUCUCUGACAGGUCAUGAGUAUUUUGACUUCUCUUCAGGAUCAUCCCAUGCUGAAAACAUACUCCAGAUAUUUAAUGAGUUCCGAGACAGCCGCUUAUUCACAGAUGUCAUCAUCUGUGUGGAAGGAAAGGAGUUUCCUUGUCAUCGAGCUGUCCUCUCAGCGUGUAGCAGCUACUUCAGAGCCAUGUUCUGUAACGACCACAGGGAGAGCCGAGAAAUGCUGGUUGAGAUCAAUGGCAUUUUAGCUGAAGCUAUGGAAUGUUUUUUGCAGUAUGUGUAUACUGGAAAGGUGAAGAUCACGACAGAGAAUGUCCAGUACCUCUUCGAGACCUCCAGCCUCUUUCAGAUCAGUGUUCUCCGUGAUGCGUGCGCCAAGUUCUUAGAGGAACAGCUUGACCCUUGCAAUUGUCUAGGAAUCCAGCGUUUCGCUGACACCCACUCACUCAAAACACUCUUCACAAAAUGCAAGACCUUUGCCUUACAGACUUUUGAGGAUGUGUCCCAGCAUGAAGAAUUUCUUGAGCUUGACAAAGAUGAACUUAUUGAUUAUAUCUGCAGUGAUGAACUUGUUAUUGGGAAAGAGGAGAUGGUGUUCGAGGCGGUCAUGCGCUGGGUCUACCGAGCUGUUGAUCUGCGUAGGCCACUGUUGCAUGAGCUCCUGACACACGUCAGGCUCCCUCUUUUGCAUCCCAACUACUUUGUUCAGACUGUUGAGGUGGACCAGUUGAUCCAGAAUUCCCCCGAGUGUUAUCAGUUGCUGCAUGAAGCAAGACGGUACCACAUACUUGGCAAUGAAAUGAUGUCCCCUAGGACUAGACCACGCAGGUCUACUGGCUAUUCAGAGGUGAUAGUUGUGGUUGGAGGCUGUGAACGAGUUGGAGGAUUUAAUCUCCCAUACACUGAGUGCUAUGAUCCAGUAACAGGAGAAUGGAAGUCCUUGGCCAAGCUUCCAGAAUUUACCAAAUCAGAGUAUGCCGUCUGUGCACUAAGGAAUGAUAUUCUUGUUUCAGGUGGAAGAAUCAACAGCCGUGACGUCUGGAUUUAUAACUCACAGCUAAAUAUCUGGAUCAGAGUUGCUUCUCUAAAUAAAGGCAGAUGGCGCCACAAAAUGGCUGUCCUUCUUGGUAAAGUGUAUGUUGUCGGGGGCUAUGAUGGACAGAACAGACUUAGCAGUGUAGAGUGUUAUGAUUCCUUUUCAAAUCGUUGGACAGAAGUUGCACCACUUAAGGAAGCUGUGAGCUCUCCUGCGGUGACAAGCUGUAUAGGAAAACUGUUUGUGAUUGGUGGAGGACCUGAUGACAAUACUUGCUCUGAUAAGGUUCAAUCUUAUGAUCCCGAAACCAAUUCUUGGCUACUUCGUGCAGCUAUCCCAAUCGCCAAGAGGUGCAUAACGGCUGUCUCUCUGAACAACCUGAUCUACGUUGCUGGUGGACUGACCAAGGCGGUGUAUUGUUAUGACCCAGUUGAGGACUACUGGAUGCAUGUACAGAACACAUUCAGCCGACAGGAAAACUGUGGUAUGUCUGUGUGUAAUGGUAAGAUCUACAUCCUGGGUGGAAGACGGGAAAACGGAGAAGCCACGGACACUAUUCUCUGUUACGAUCCUGCGACAAGUAUCAUCACAGGGGUUGCUGCAAUGCCCAGACCAGUGUCCUAUCAUGGAUGUGUAACUAUUCAUAGAUAUAAUGAGAAAUGCUUUAAACUUUAAACCCAGGGUACCUCACACAAGAAGCUAUGCCAGUCCAAGAGGAAAGUUUAAAAACUACCAAGUGAGAACACAUCUCUGUUGUGCUAUAUACAAAAAAUAAAUAAUCCUGAUGCCUUUCCACCCAAAAUAUCAGUAUCUCAAGCUGUAAUAAAUCCUUUCAUGUAACUGGGGGUGAGGUGUGUUAAACUGAUGGUGGUUAAAACCAGGCAUAGUCGUGCACACCUUUAAUCCCAGCACCCAGAAGACAAAGGCAGGUAGAUUUCUCUUGAGUUUGAACCUAGCCUGAUCUACAUGACAAGUUCUAGAUCAGCAAGGGCUACACAAUAAAACCUUGUCUCUAAAAAGAUAAUUUGCCUAUGAAUACACUUUUGCAUCUGUGAAAAAUUAUGUGGGGUAGGAAAAGACAUCCAGCUGUAAACUUCUUAGGGAUUUGUGAACUGUCUUUUAGGAAUGUUUAUUUCUUUUUUGUCAGUUAUGUAGAGAAUAAUUGUGUGACUGAAGCUUCAUUUAGUUUGAGUUUCCUGAUGUUAAUGUUUAGGACUCAUUGUGAGGGGAAGAAAUGAGUUUUAAACAUCUGUCACUGACUUUAUCCAUACUGGUUAAUUUCAUUGAAGGUAUUUUUGUUUGUUUGUUGUUUGUUUGUUUUCUAAUUGUAAAAAUGUAGUGACAAGUCAGCUACCAUAAAAUACCGAGUUUUAUGACUUCAUAGACUGUUGUCUGUCAUUAAAUACUUUUUGUGAGCUUAUGUAAGAGAUAUAAAAGGAGAUUCAAAUUACACAUUAGUUCCUAAGGAAAAAAUGAAUAUAACUAGUGGAGAAGAAAAAAAUGUGAUCCACUUUGGUUCUCAGGGUUUUUAAUGAAUCGUUUGAGUCCACUAAAGAAGUUCUUUCUUGAAACUAACAGAGAAGUUGAGAUUCCUUUUACAGAGCCAGGAGGUGAUGCACACCUGUCUCCAGGCUCUGAAAGGUGCAUCCAAAGAAACUAAAUUGGGACUGAAGAGAUGGCUCAGUGUUUAAGAGCACUUACUGCUCUUCCAGAGAACCCUGGUUUGGCUCCUAGUACCCAUAUCAGAUGGUUCACAAAGGCCUAUAAUUCUAGUUCCAGAGAACCCAAUGCCCUCUGGCCUCCCUGAGCACCUUCGGCAUGUGGUGCACAUAAAUUCACACAGACACACAUAUGUACAUAAGAGAAAUCAACCUUUAAAAAAACAAAAGUAUGUUUUGUAAUACUGCUGUAAGAAAAACAAGACAGGCUUGCUGCCUAGCAGCCCAGUAGAGUUGCCCUUCCUGGUUUGAUGCUCUGCUGAGGACCUCUUCUCUGCCUUGUAAGCAUCUACCAGUCCUAGGAGUCUCUACACCUGAUUUCUAAUAACCUAGAGCAGAGGCCACUUUUCUCAGUGGGGCCACUUGUUUGUAAGUUAGCACUGAGCAACACUGGCCAGCAGCAGUUCCAGUCUUCUGAGGAAAUCUCUUACUUGGGAGCCAUUGUAUAAGAUAAUUGGUCAACAUUUUCAAAUUUCUAUUAGAUUUUUUUUCCUCCAGGUUUUUCACCUCAUUUACAAAGCUUACCAGUUUUCAAAGGGAAAUAACAAAAGUUUUUUCUUAGAAAUAUACUGGGUAAAGCAGGAACUAGCAUAACUAGUUAUUGUAACUUCUGCGUGGACAGAUAACAGUUCACAAUGCUGUAGGCUGUCCCAGGUAGCUUGCUGUGUUUAACUUCCCUUGUCAGUGACUAUAGUGUCAUUAGAUUUCUGCCAAAAUCAAGGUAAUCAUCAGAAGCCUAACACUGGCAAACUUCUUCCUCCUCAUCUUAGACUAAUACAGACAUUUCUUAACAGUCAGUGCUUAUUUGAAAUCUAAAUUCUGAGAAAAACACUAGAAAAUACACUUAUGAAAUUGUUUUCAAGUCAUAAAUUUUAAAUGACAUAACUGAUAACUAUAGAAGCAAUUCAGAAAACAAUUAUCAGUCAGUUGAGAGACAGUUGUAUGUACAAUUGAGGGUAUUUGUACUGUAAUUUUAUAGUAUAUACCUGCAUUAUACUUUUAUUAGAUAAUGCAAACUGAUUCAGAAAUUCUUAACAGUAAAAUGUGUGAACAAAGGUGGUUUUGUAAAUGCUUAGGAUUCUACAAAUGCUAAUUGUUAUUCUCAUGUAUAUUUGUAAGAUUGUGUCCAUUCAGAAACUCAUCAUAUAAAAGACUUUCUCAAAGUAAAUUUGUAUUUUAUUAAUUUUGUCUAUUGUAAAAGUCUGUUGUAAAAUAUCUACUUGUAUUUUGUAAUAUUUAUCUUUCCUUGUGUUUAUUGUAGCAAAUUGGAAAAUAUCCUGAAAAGCUGAAUUUGUUUAAACAAAUUAAUUUUUCUUUAUGCAAUUUAAAACCACAUAAAUUGAGUAGUUGCAAAUUAUGUUAAGUCACAAGAAAGUAUCUUGAAUUGUAGAAAAUUAAUUUUUUAAAACUGCCCAGUUGAUGUUUUAACUUCUUUUAAUUAGUUAUCUUUCUUAUAUUUUAACUUCCUUUAAUUACUUAUUUUUCUUUACUAAUUCUUGAUAAAUGGUGGUAAGCAGCCCUGGUUUGAGAAAAAUUAUUUUAGAAUUUAAUUAGUACAUUAAAAGGGAAGUAUCAACCAUCUUGGUGUCAGACUAUAUUCAUUCUGUCCUCCCAUAAUUGGCAGAUUUUCUUUUGGUAGGUGAUACCUCUAAGUUAUGUGUAUGUGUUUAUAUGUAGACAGUUUGCUUGUGUACAUACAUCACAAACACCCAUUGAUUUUUUUUUGCAGAGACAGAUAUUAGAUAAAAAUUAGUUGAUCAUAUUCUAUUCAAUGCAGAAGACUAAAUUUGAAUACUUCUGGAGUACUUUUUGUUGUGAGACAAGAUCUCUGUAGCCUGUGCUAACCUCAAACUCUUAGCAAUUCUUUGCCUUUUGAGUGCUGCAGGCACAAAUGGAAGUCAGCACCAGUUCUCUACAAUAGUGGUUUCAUCUGACAGUACAGAUCAGGGCAUGAGGCUCUGUGCACCUGUGUGAUGGCAGUGUUAAGGGGCAGAAGGCAGACUGCUCAGAUCACAAGAGUCAGCUGAUCAUCUCAGCUGGAAAGAACUUGAAGGUGUGUUUUGUGGAUCAACAGGAAGUUACACUUGGUUUUUGUGUGCAUUUUGUCAUGAACUUCAAAUCUUCCAACUCUUCUUCAUGUAUGUGACAAGGUGGCCUGAAUUCCUCCUCUUCUACGGUGCCAUCCCCACUGACUUUACUAAUAGAUGAUUUGGAUUUUCCGUAGUUGUUUUUGUAGAUGAUUGGGGUCCAGGUGUUUACUCCAUUUCAAUCAGGUUUAAAGACGUAAAUGCUCAGGGAGGAUGUGAGCUUGCCACUGCUGCCUGUUUGGGGAGUGUGCAAAGUGUUGUCUCUUAAAUGCCGUUCAGUUGAUGACUCUGGACUAAAAUUCUUCUAGAAGCUUCACACUUGGCUGUGGUUGCGGUUGAGCAGUUGCUCUACUUAGAAGAAUGGCAAUGCUUUGUGAACUGAUUCAGUCUCCUGGUGAAUUGAAUUAUAUACCUGCUGUCAGACUCCAUUUUGAAACUCAGGAAAGACAAAGGUGGUUUCUCUACUUUUGUCCGUGUCCAGACCGGGUGUGUGCUGCUUUUUCCUGAUCUGACAGUAGAUUCUAAAAAUCACUUUUAAGAGCCCAUGCACAAAGAGAGGAGGGGAGUUGUUCCUUUAACGUCUUAGGAUGCAUAUGUGAAAAGGAUACAUACCCCAGACUUGAUGUGGUACCAAGUGAUAACAUAAUGUCUAGAGGUUUCCUGUGGACUGCCUUGUUUCAUAGUCAAUCCAAAUCAUUACUAGUUAACAUGAUUUGGCCUUGCUAGACUUAAUUACGCAUAGCUGAGUAUGGUGGCAAUGCCUGUAAUUCCAGCCCUCAGGAGUGGCGGCACUGGAGGUUCAGGAGAGUUCAGUGAGCUUGGGGCCAGACUUCGCCACAUGAAAUAAUAAUGAAAUUUUUGGCGUUAGGUAGAAAGCUAGAAUUGUAUCACUUCACCCAUUAUUAUGUUAGAUAAAAAAUUCACUAUACCACAUAACCAUAAUGAAGCAGUUUGGCUGACCUGUAAAGCAAUAGAUUCGACUCACUAAAUAUACUUACAGCCACAUCUAAUGCCAUGUAUCAGACACCACUCCAAAGAGUGUAAACUGAUAAUACCAGAGAUAUUUUCAAAAUAUUUUAGACAUUUUAGAGUGUUGUAUUUGUAAGCAGGUAGGAGAGAUGGUUCGGCAGUUAGGAGUUCUAGCUCUUCUGCUCUUGCGAAGGAUCUGGGGCAGGUUCUAGGCACCUUCAUGGUGGCUCACAAGCAUUUGUAACUCCAGUUCUUGGGGUUCUUAUGCCCUCUGACCUCCACAGGCACACAUUUGUUGCAUAUACAUUAUGCGCAAACACUCAAAGUACAAGUAAAACACUCAUACACAUCUAAAUCAAUGAAGAAUAUUAAAAUAUUGUAUGUGAACCUUUUUAUAUUUGUGUGAUUACCUUAAAUAUUAAGCUUACAAGUGCCAAAGGUGAUCCUAAAUUUUUUAAAAGUGAAGUCAUAACUUUCUAUUAUUGUUCCAAAGAGUUUUUUUAAUGCUUGUGCCUUGAAUUCCCAGUGCCAUUUCUGUCUGUUAAAAUUCAGCAUACAUAAACUGUGGAUGUGCUCCCAGUGCAGUUAAUGCACUUCUUAUUUUUUGUUGUUUAGUUUUAUUUUUAAGUUUUCUUUUUGAAACUGGGUUGGUUUUAUCUUUUGAAUCAGGGUCAUAUAUAACUCAGACUGGCCUAGAACUGUUUUUGUGUUGCUGAAGAUGGUCUUGAACUCCAGUUGUUCUCUCUGUGACUCCCAAUGGCGCGGAUGAUAGCAUGUGCCGCCACACUUGACUGUUUGGGCUCUUGUCUGUGAGUUGGUUGUUUGGUUGGUUGAUUUAAUGUGGCCCUGGCUGACCUGGAACUCAGUACAUGGCCAGUCUGGCCUUGAGCAAUGGCAGUCCUUCUGCCUCUGUCCUUAAAUGCUAGGUUUAUAGGUGUGGGCCACCACACCCAGCUGCCCUGAAAUGCUUUUGUGAGUCCCAACUAUGUAGUUGCUUGGCAGAAUGAGACUGUUAAAUGAGGUUGGUUUACAUUUUUAACUCUUGGUACCUAGGUGCUUUUGAAAUUCUCAGAUAAACACCCAUUUGACUCUCAUAAAGGUCAUUGAAAUAUCUAAUAGUGAAGAAACUGUAAUUAUUUCUGUUCCGUCCUUAUAGUAGUAAUUAGUUGUGCUCUAGGGUUUUCCUUUGAACUUUCUUACUUUCUUGAGAAAGCACUUUGUUGUCUUCAUCACCACCACCACCCCACCCCCACCACCCCCCCACUCUCCUACCCCCCCACCCCCCCCACCCCCCCGCAGUGAGUGACUCUCCAGAGUUAGCUGAGGUAAGGCUUUCAGAACUGAGCAACUGUAAUGUGCUUUAUUGUAACUGCUUCACGCCUAUUGCUUUCAGUUUGACUCUUCAAAAUGAAAAUAAGAAUGUUUUUUCUAUGUCCUUGUUCUCAGUUCAGUUGUAGUACAUUAAUUGUCUAAUGGCACUUCUUCCAUAGUUUAAAUUUUUAAAAGUUGUAUCUAAUGUCUUUUAAAUAUUACUUGACUAUAUGGUUGCAUUAAAUUUUGUUUACCAAAAA